AUGGCUCCCAGCGCGCGAAAUUCCGGCCGCGCGGCCAAGGUUCAAAAGAAUGGUCGUACUGAACAGCGACAGCAGAAGCGUAAGAGGGAGCAGGAGGAUCUUCAGCAGCUGGAGCAGAGGGUGAUUGACUUGGACCCCAAGUCGGAUGCCAUCAAGAACUUUUCACAUCUCCCCCUCUCCGUACCGACCGCGUCUGGCCUCGAGGCCUCGCAUUUCCAGGUCCUGACCGAUGUCCAAGCCCAAGCCAUUCCCCUCGCCCUCAAGGGAAACGAUGUCCUCGGAGCCGCCAAGACAGGCAGCGGAAAGACGCUAGCCUUCCUGAUUCCCGUCCUCGAGAAGCUCUACCGCGCACAAUGGACCGAGUACGAUGGUCUCGGCGCCCUUAUCCUCUCCCCCACCCGCGAACUCGCCGUUCAGAUUUUUGAAGUCCUACGAAAAGUUGGUCGAAACCACGUCUUCUCCGCAGGUCUCGUCAUUGGCGGAAAGAGUCUCAAGGAAGAGGCAGAGCGAUUGGACCGCAUGAACAUCCUCGUCUGCACCCCCGGCCGCAUGCUCCAGCACCUCGACCAGACGGCCGGCUUCGACGCAAACAACCUACAGAUCCUGGUACUCGACGAGGCGGAUCGCAUCAUGGACAUGGGCUUCCAGUCAGCUGUUGACGCCCUCGUCGAGCAUCUUCCCAAGUCGCGACAGACUCUCAUGUUCAGUGCGACGCAGAGCAAAAAGGUUUCUGAUCUUGCGCGACUCAGCCUCAAGGAUCCCGAAUACGUCUCUGUUCACGAAGCCGCAGCGAGCGCAACCCCUACGACCCUUCAGCAACAUUACAUUUCUACGCCUCUGACCGAGAAGCUCGAUACACUGUAUGGUUUCAUCAAGGCCAACCUCAAGAGCAAGAUCAUUGUGUUCUUGAGUUCUGGAAAACAAGUCCGAUUCGUGUACGAGAGUUUCCGUCAUCUGCAACCUGGUAUUCCUCUACUCCAUCUCCACGGCAGACAAAAGCAGAUUGCUCGAAUGGAGAUUACGUCAAGAUUCACCGCUGCCAAGCACUCGUGUCUGUUUGCUACCGAUGUCGUUGCGCGAGGAAUUGAUUUCCCUGCUGUCGACUGGGUCAUUCAGGCUGAUUGCCCUGAAGACGUCGACACAUACAUCCACCGAGUUGGCCGAACAGCUCGGUACCAGAGCAAUGGUCGAGCUGUGCUAUUCCUAGACCCGAGCGAAGAGCCUGGAAUGCUCAAGAAGCUGGAGCAAAAGAAGAUCCCCAUACAAAGGGUAAAUGUCAAGGAGAAGAAAAAGAAGAACAUCAAGGAUCACCUGCAAAGCAUGUGCUUCCAGAACCCUGACCUCAAGUAUCUCGGUCAAAAGGCUUUUAUCAGCUACGCCAAAUCCAUCUACAUACAAAAGGACAAGGACGUCUUCAAGUUUGACAAGCUCGACCUCGACGGCUUCGCUGCUAGCUUGGGUCUUCCCGGAACGCCGCAGAUCAAGUUCCAGAAGGGCGACGAUAUCAAGCGGAUAAAGAAUGCCCCUCGCGCAGGCAUGUCCAGCGACUCCGAGUCUGACGAGGAUCUGGAUGGUAAGAAGAAGAGCAAGAAGAACGAGGUGCGGACAAAGUACGAUCGCAUGUUUGAGCGAACGAACCAAGACGUCUUGUCAAGUCACUACACAAAACUUGUCAUUGAUGGGGACGACAAGAAGGGUGAGGACGAUGAGGAGGGCGAUUUCCUGUCGGUGAAGAGAGUUCUCAGGGAUGAUGAUCUUGACGAGGCUUCCAAGGACGCAUACAAGAGCACAGCAAAGAUCAUUGAAGGUCUAGGCGGCGAAGAACCCUUCAUCGUAGACUCUAAGCGUCGCGAAAAGGCCCUCAAGUCGAAAAAGAAGAUGGCCAAGUUCAAGGGCAACUCGACCAAGCUAGUGUUUGACGAAGAUGGCAACGCUCAUGCCGUGUACGAGCUCCAGGACGAGGACGACUUCCGUCAGGAGGGUCCCGCGGAGGAGCAGAGACGCAAGUUUGUCGAGGACGAGAGUACGAGAGUCAAGGAGGCGGAUGUCGACGACAAGGCUCUUGCAAAGCAGAAGCGUCGCGAGAAGAAGGAGAAGAGAAAGGCUGCGGAGAGGGCGGAGCGUAUGGGUUUUGUGGACGACGAGGAUGCACCUAUGCUACAAGCCGUCGACGACGGACACGAUCCUUUGGAGUUUAUGCGGUCUCUACCUAUUGCUGGAGAAGAUUCGUCAUCGGAAGAGGAGAGGGAACCACCGAAGAAGCGGGCCAAGAAGUGGUUCGAGGACGAUUCCGAGGACGAGGAAAAGAAGAGCAGGAAGAAGGGCAAGGGAAAGGGAAAGGUUAUCGAGAUGGAUCAGGAGCCAGAGACUCUCGAGGAUCUCGAGGCCCUUGCUACUGGGCUGUUGGAUGGUUGA